CCAGAAGAAGAAAACGAAGAAGCCUACUGCUACUAGCUAUCACAAGCUAUCACAAAUUGUCACAGGUCAGCGUUUGAGGGAAACGGAAAGCCAGCAGGUUUUCAUAUUCCAACCAUGGCUAUGAGAAGUGAGGCCAGGGUGGAGACAGCGGUAGAGGAGGAAGAAAACUAUGGUCCACAGCUUCUGUGCAGACUGGAACAAUGUGGAAUCAGUGCCAGUGACAUCAAGAAGCUGGAGGAUGCAGGUUUCCAUACUAUUGAGGCUGUGGCUUAUGCUCCUAAGAAGGAGCUACUCAACAUCAAGGGCAUCAGUGAGGCUAAAGCUGAAAAAGUUCUAGCUGAAGCAGCCAAACUGGUACCUAUGGGCUUCACCACUGCUACCGAGUUCCACCAGAGGAGAGCAGAGAUCAUUCAGAUCUCUACAGGCUCUAAGGAGCUUGACAAACUACUACAAGGUGGGAUUGAGACGGGUUCAAUCACAGAAAUGUUUGGAGAGUUUCGAACAGGGAAGACCCAGCUGUGCCACACGCUUGCUGUCACCUGUCAGCUGCCCAUUGAUCAGGGGGGAGGAGAAGGUAAAGCCAUGUACAUCGACACAGAAGGAACCUUCAGACCAGAGAGACUCCUUGCUGUAGCUGAUAGAUAUGGGCUGGUCGGCAGUGAUGUACUGGACAACGUGGCUUACGCCAGAGCCUUCAACACAGACCAUCAGACCCAGCUGCUGUAUCAAGCCUCAGCCAUGAUGGCUGAGUCAAGGUAUGCUCUGUUGAUAGUGGACAGUGCCACUGCUCUGUACAGAACAGACUACUCAGGCAGAGGAGAGCUGUCAGCCCGACAAGGACAUCUUGGACGUUUCCUCCGCAUGCUGCUAAGGCUGGCAGAUGAGUUUGGCGUUGCUGUGGUGAUAACCAACCAGGUGGUAGCGCAGGUGGAUGGUGCAGCCAUGUUCUCUGCAGACCCCAAGAAACCAAUUGGUGGCAACAUUUUGGCUCAUGCCUCCACAACACGUCUGUACCUGAGGAAAGGUCGAGGAGAGACCAGGAUCUGUAAAAUCUAUGAUUCGCCCUGCCUGCCCGAGGCUGAAGCAAUGUUCGCCAUUAACGCUGACGGAGUGGGUGAUGCCAAGGACUAAAUGGGAAGACAGGCAUGAAUCAGGGAGGCUGUAAAUCUGCUGUCACAGCUGACUCAUCUCUUGGAAUACAGUGUUGCCUUUCACCCAAACAACUACCUGCACACAGAGUGUCAGACUGAAGAAUAAUCAAGGGAUGAUGGUCAGGUAUUGUAUCGUUUUGACAUUGCUGUGUAAAGGCAGUGUCGAAGAUGGUCCAGGCUGCAGAUCUGGCCUCAUGGAGCAAAGUUAUGCAACAAUAAGAUGGAAAACAGUUUGUUUACUAGAAACACGUUUAUACUGAAGCACAUUGCACUCAUCAGACAAAAGAGAUAUUUUCUUGAACUUAUGACAUAGUAUCUAAAAAAAAAAAGCAUAAUUCUUCAUAAUUACAAGAUUGGUAUCUCAUAAUUAUGAUUUAGUAAUGCUACAAUUAUGAAAAAAAUCUACUUGUGUAAUUACAAGAUUGAUAAUCUCUAUUACAACAAAAGUAUAUAACAUGACCUUUAUCACGAGAUUACCAAAUGGCACACUCAAAAUAAGUAUAUAUAUUCAUCUUUAAUGUGAUUUGAUGUGUAAAGUCUCAUAAGUAUGAGAUAUUAUGAGAUACUAAGUCAUAAUUAGAGAUUCCUAGGCAUCUUUUGUUGUUGUUGAAUGCAGUGUGCUUUUGCAGUUUCCUCAACCGAGUGCUUAAAGACUAUUUGUAAAUUAAUUUAGUAAUAAUACUUUGAGAGCUUUUUUCUGUUAACUUUGUCUGUAUGGGGUUCCUGAGGAUACAGCUGAAACACAUUUUGCAAUUAAUGCAUUCCUAGUUCCACAUUAAUGUAAUGUGUUCAUUUCCAUCCAGCAACACCAGUCCCUGGUGUUGUCCCUUUCUGUUUGGCUUUACCAGAACUUUCUGUAUAUAAGCUUCA